UGUUAGCGUUGUUUAGAGCCAUUAUUGAAUAAUGGCGGGAGGCGUGGAGAGUUUCAACAAUCGAGCAUUAUGGCAGUUCAUAAGUGGUGCAGGCGUACAAAGGCCAAAGGAGUUGAUUGCAAUAGAGUUGAAGAAAAACAAGACAAAGAUAUUAGAUGGCCUUACCUUCUACAGAAAACAAAGCGACCCCACUGGAGAGCAGCUGAAGAAGGAGAGGAAAGUGUCGAGGCUCGACUCAGUUCAGCAGAAACUCAGCCGGUUCCUGGGCCUGGAUGAGGUUCAGAGCUACGACCUCCUUAUGUCAUUCCUGCCAACACUUCGGGGCUCCAAGAAAAACCUGCAGCAAGUAUUUGGUCAUGAGCGCCACGCCCAGGCGCUGAUCAUGAAGAUCCGAGACUACUACUUUACAGAGAGGCUGUACCUGUUGAAGUGUCUCCAUCAAGUGCUCAACUUCUGGCCUGACACACAGCACCCAUACAAGGAGGCAUACAGCCAGUUCCUGAAUGACCUGCUGGACAACUACCAGCUCACAGACAAGCUGCUGUCUCAGUUCUCCGAUGUGUGUAAAGCUCAGAUGCCAACUUGGGAGUCUCACGGGCCACUGAUGACAGAGCAUCAAUCCCAGGCAUGGAUACACCAGAAUCUGAAAGAACAGUGUGAGCUAUUGGAGUUGCUGCUACUUUACUUCAAGGACUUUGAGACAAAUGAGAAAGGUUUCCUGGAUCUCUUGGAGAAAUUCAAGGGUCAUGGGUUUGGAUACCUACAGAGCUACAAACAUGCCCUGGGGAAGGCUGAUGAGAAGAUUGUCAAGAGAAUAGGCUACCUGGAAAUGCUGAUAUUUUUUGAUGAGCACCUCCUCCUCAGUAAGAGAGAUACAUUUAAUGAUGAGAAUGCCAUGAUGGCGAGGAAGUUGGGCAACAUGGCGUUGCAGUUAAGAGUGUUUGACUACACCCUUGACCUACUGAAGGUGGAGCCGUUUAAUGGCAGCCAGAUUAUUGCCUCCUUCGCCCGACUCAUCGUCUACUCGCUGAUGUAUGUCACACUCAGCCUGUUUGAUGAAGACACACUGGGAAAUCCUGAGGCACUGUAUGAGGUGGCUGCCUUGGUGCUGAAAGCUGACUUUAAUGCUGAAUACAUGUGGCAGAAGGGUCUGGAGGAGGGGCUUGGGUGUCUCUACAGUUCCGCUUUGGCCUGCUUUCCUCUCGACUUUCCCAAGCUGAUGAAGCUCAACACAUCUUUGUCAUCAUGUGGACCAGAGAGUGCCAAGAGGGUGAAACUGUCGAUGCAGGAGUUGAAGCUGUACACUGAGUAUUUUGACACCAACAGCUCUCAGGAUAUCAUACCCACACAACAGAGCUCUGUGUUCAGACUGGCCAGGCCUAAACUCCCAUACAUUGCUGGGGACCUGGUGAUACCUAGAGGAACGCUUUUGGACAACUCUCCGUAUCAAUGUUAUGUGUCAUCAGACUGUGCUCAGGCAGCCAAAAGGAGCAGCCCCAUCAUCCAGUGGGAGUUGGUGUACAACGGCUGGCAGCUCCUGAUGUGUGAGGUCCAGGAGCUGCUACACCAGAUAGCUCAGGGUGGAGGAAUGGUGUCUCCGCUACAGAUAUCCAGAGUAAACCAGGUCAUGCAGCUGGUGCGCCAGGUCAUGACCUCUGACCCUGACUCUGUAGAAGAGUUCAGUGAGAUCGUUAAUCUGGGAUUCCAAGUCAUUCAGAGAUUCAGUGCUGUGUCCCCUCCUCCUCUGGACCUCCUAGCCAACACCGUGGAGUGCAUCACGUGCAGUGUUAAACACAACGUAAAGCAGAUAUGGCACAACAUGAAACAAACAGGAUUACUUCCCUUCCUCACAGAGAAUGUAGAUAACCUUGGUGAGGUGUUGAGUGGGCGUGGCCUCAGUUCCGGACUAUAUGGCACCAUCUUAGCCAGCACAGAGGCCACACAGGGCAGAUACCCCCUCACCCUUGCAGUACUUGGCUUCCUCACAGAGUUGAUUGAGCCACUGUCGAAGGCGGAGAGAGAGGAGGAGCUUCAGCCGGUGAUGAUGUACGUCCUACGAGAGAUCUUCCCCGUGUAUCAUAAGUGGAGAUAUUACGACAUCACCAGGAGGGAGACAAUAGGCCACAAGUGUUUGCAGGUGUUCCAUAAGAUCCUCAACCUAAUGACAUUGCAAAAGAAGAAAUCAAAAAGUAAAAGGCCUCGACUACAGGAGGUGUGUGUGUACAGUCUACUGUUUACUGAGGCUGGACGAGCUCUUCUGGACGUCCUCGCCACUGGUGUAGACAGUGUUGAACAGGCCGUUGCCUCUCAGGGCAGCAAUGCAGAGGGUGUCGGCGUCGACCUCAUCCAACUCAUCCAACUUUCCUUCUCCGUCCUCAACCGUCUCCUGUUACUGAGGUCCCCCGACCUCCCAGUGUCACCAACGGAGCAUGCUCUCUCCUCACAGCCGGCUGGGCACCAGCAUCAACACAUCGUGGCCACCAUCGCCCAGUACAUCUACCACCGCGACGACCCUCGCCUCCCUACCCUGGCUGCUGUGCUGCUUAAGAGACUCGCUUUGGUGUCUCCGAUGUCCAUCCUGGCCUGCCUAGGCAAUGAUGCCGAGCCCAUUCGAGACAUGUUCCUCACUAGACUGCAGGCUCUGUCUGAGGAUCUACGGUUGAAGGUGAUGAUCCUGGAGCUGCUGUCAGAGUGUGUGGAGACACAGCCGGGACUCAUCGAGGUCUUCCUCAACGUGCAGAUGGUGGACUCUUCGGAUGGCAAGAAGCAUGACCUGAGUUUGGGGAAGAGCUCCUGUCUGCAGACGGUCCUCGGACUCAUGGACAUCAAGAAACAGAGUAGCUACCAGUGUCCUCCAGACCUGCUGUGUGCCUGUGCCGACUUCAUCCACUCCUUGUGGCGGGGACUGCGGGAGACGGCCAUGGAGGUCCUCCGCACCAAGGAUGCCUUCUGGCCGAGUGUGUUUGCUCCACUGACACGGAACCUGCCUGACCCAACAUCAGACCUGAAUGAUCACUCCCUCAAGUUUGAAAUAAAAACUGUGGCAUUUGUCUUCAAGAUCCUGGCCCAGGAGCUCUACAUAAUCCACAGCUCCAAGUUGGACGACAAACUGAAGAAGUCUCUGCAGAUGAUCUCCAAGGACAAACGACUCAACACGUGGACUGAGUUCUUGAGGCGUUGUCUGGUGGCAGAGGGGGAGAACGCUGAAGUUAGUGGGGAUGAAGAGAUGAAGGAAAAUGCUACUCUGCAGCUCCUGUUGGCCUGGAAGAACUUCCUCAUCACAUCGUCCAAGUUCAAGGUGGAUGAUCUGACGCUGCCUGACAAGGUGAAGGAGAAGAUUGUCAUGGAUCUGCUGGCUGGAAUUCAGGCCCAGUUUAAUGGAAGUCUUACAGCUCUAAACAUGAAACUAGCAUCAGUAGCCAGUGCUCUGCUCUUCACCCUCGUCAAACACUGGACAAGUUGCAUCAGCAAGCCCUCCGCCAUGAUGGUGACACUGCGGGAGGCAGUGGGGGAGACGUGUGCGAACAGCGAGACUCUCAUCCCCUCCGUACAGAUCGGCCUCCUCGGCUGCCUCACCAUACUGCUACAGCACAGCAGACAGGAGAACAACGUUGCUCUCGACACGGACAAGUUGACGGACCUGCUGCCCAAUAUCUGCUCCGUGCUGAUACAGAGUUCCCGCCAGCUGCCAGCACCGUGGGAGAUGAGGGACCCGGGCAGCACUCAGCCCAAGACUGGGGACACAAGGGAGGUGGGGAGCACCCAGCUGAAAGAGGGGGAACCCAGGGAUACAGGCAGCAAAGAGGGGGAGACCGUUGAUGCUAAACUCAAACUUCAGAUUGUCACCUGCAGCCUGCUGGAGGAACUGAUCGAGGUGAUCGGGGACGACCAGGUGUGGAUGCCCAUCCUGCAGCAGCACUCCAUCCUGCAGACCCUGCUCAUCUCCGUGGAGUUAUUCAUGAAGGCCAAGCGAGGGCUGCCAUACGUCCAUGCUGUGUUCCUGCUACUUCUGAGUGUGGCCCGGUCUGAAAGGGGUUCUGCAGCGCUGUCCCUGGCGGACCUGACCCCACACACCUGCCUGGUGGUCACCAACUGCUACACUAACGAGGACAUCUUCUCCAGGCCAGCCGUGCCCCUUAAGUCUGGCAGCUUCUUUGUGCCCAUGGUCCAGUCAUGGCACAACGUGUACUGCCUGUGUAUGGAGGUGUACUCCACAGUGCUGGCCGCCCUCAGACACUCCUUCCUGGAGGACGCUCUCAGCUUCGCCGGGGCACAUCAGGACAGGAUCACACAGUCGAUGGAGAUUGCCCGUAUCAGCCUGCUGGACACAGCACUCCGGGAGGCGGAGUCAUCCUGUGACUUCAUCUGUCAGCUGUCUGCCUUCAGUCGGGAAUGGCGCCUUCAUCUACCGGACGUGCUCGACAAGUUCCUGACCUCAAUGGUGUACAUGAGCCAGACCUUCAUAGCACUGCUCAUCAGACCACGGUAUCUGCUGCACGUCCUCGAGCAACAGCGCGGCCAGGACAGAGUCAGCAAAAAGGAUUCCAUCCACUCGUCCCCCCAUGUUGCGCACCAGGCAUCCACAGAGGACCUGGAACAACCCACCACACAGCUGGUCUGUGUACAACUCAGAAUGUUGAGUAUUUUGUCUCGGAGUUUGACGGCGCUGAAACAUUUCACCCCCGACCUGUGCGAAGUCCUCCUGGACCAGAGCAUGGACACCAGUGAGUACGACUGCUUCCUGGGUCUGGGGUUCAGCACCCCGUCGGUGGAUCAGGAGACACAGCCCACAUUCGGCACCUUCAUAUCCUGUGUAACCACCUGCUACAGGAUACUCAGUAAGCUGGACCCAAGAGGGACAGGUUCACCACACCGGUCGCCAGAAGCUGCCACAAGCCAGCAUAUACCAAAAAGCCUCGUGCUGUAUGUGAUGGAGAACUCCUUAUACAUCAUCAUGUCCCAGGCCUGUCACUAUCUCCGCACCCCCGGACUUUCGUCUCGAGAAAAACAGUUCCUAAAGCGGGAACUCGGAGCUGAACUGAACUCCUUCCUGUCCAGCAUGCUACGGUACAUGCGGCGUGGGGGUGGGGGCCCCACGUCCCCGGGGACACUACAAGCUAGCCCUCAGGGUGGCUCCAGUAGCACCUCACAGCUCAGUCGGUCCGUGUCCCAGACAGCGUUCACAAACACACAGGACCAGGCCUUCUUCAAGCUUGUGAAUGACUUUGUUAGCAAAGUUCUCAGAUGAGAAACAUGUUAACAGCGAACUUCUCAGCAAUGUCAAACUUCAACACAACCUCGUCCAUGAACCACCAUGAUGAGAACGAAGUUGUGAACAAACAUGUGAACAGUAACUGUGCCUUGUCAGCAUUGUUGUAUGUUUACACAACUUUGUUCACAAAGUUCCCAGAUGACAAAGUUUGCCACUGGAAAGUUGAGAUCCUUUAUGCCGAGGUUCCAUGGGAUACAAGAUACUGGUCAACUGAUGAGGGAUGCAAGGAUUCUAGAGAACAAAAUAGGGCUUCAAAGGAGGAGAUAGGACAAGAAACACUUUCUAGAACAGGAUUUCAAAGUCAUCGUUCUUCAUAUAUUCAAGGUGCGUGCGUGUCAGGGAAUGUAAUUACCAUGAACAAAACCAUGUCCUGAGAUGCAAGCUGGUUUUAUUAAAUGUAUGCUGUUCUAAAAAAUCAUCCUUUGCCAAAUUUUGUGAGGUCCGAAUGUAAAAUCCCAGUUAAAUAAACAUGUCACUUCAGUCAGAAUUACUUGUUCAUUUGGAAGCAAAACAAUGAAUUACUUUACAUGAGAGCAUUGAUGAAAUGUGUAAAUAUAUAUUAAUGUGGACACAAUAAAAUUGUGAUUACUC